AUGAAUCUCAACCAUUCUGCUUCUGAAAAGUUGUGUGAGUAUUCUGUUUUAGGGUUGACGUGGUGUUAUUGCCCUAAUCGAAACUGCUCUGCUUUAAUUUUGGAUGAAUGCGGUGGCUUUGCGACGCGAUCAAAGUGCCCAAGUUGCAAGAAAUUAUUUUGCUUCCAGUGCAAGCUUCCAUGGCAUGCUGGAUUUCAAUGUGAGCAGAGUGGGGCAUUGAGGGAUAAAAACGAUGUCGCUUUUAGUAAACUUGCUGAGGGUGAAAAAUGGCAGAGGUGUCCUAAGUGUCGCUCUUUUGUUCAACUUAGUGAAGGUUGCCGUCAUAUCACUUGCAGGUGUCAAGCCAAUUUUUGUUACGAUUGCGGAAUGCUAUUCGAUAAAUCCCAUGGCUUGUGUGCUUGUGAUUCUCAGUUAAUUACCUUCAACCGUAUUAUUGACUUGCGAUUUGGUAACUGGAGAUUUUUGUUCUGACUGAUUUUGGGCCAAUUUUAUAAUUGUAGUGAAGUGUUUGAGUUUUUUUUUUUUAAACUACUUUUUCUAUGAUCAAAGGAAUGAUCGUUUUAGGUUUUCUUCUUAUAAUAUGAUUGUAAUUUGUAGGAGUACUAUUUUCCCCAAAAUUUUCUUUCACGUAUGACUUUUGCAGUUAUCCAUCUUUUUCAAAAUCAGCUGAGCUUUAUUGGAAUCGGAAUAUCAUAAAAGGUUAACAAUUUCUUUUGUUUAUUUAUAAGUUAUUCUUAAUCCCUCUAUUCACUUCUAUUUAUUACUCAGAAAGGAACUUUUAAAUUUUUACU